GUACUUAUUAACGAUAGUGUGGAUCGAGAUCUCCCUAGCGGCUCUGCUGCGUAGGGCUUUUUCCUCCCUAGCGGCUCUGCCGCGUAGGGUUUUUCCUCCCUACCGGCUCUGCCGUCGCGUAGGGUUUUCCUUCCACCAAUUGUUUGUGCGGCUCUUCUUCUCUAAGCUUCUAGAUUGUUUCUUGAUUUUAGAUUGUUGUUUCUGGCUUUGGGAUUUAGGAGAAGUGAGUGUAGCAGCAGUUUUUGGAAAUAAAUCCAAGGUUCAACAAAGGAUAAUUAUGAUUCCUGUGAAUGAUCUAGAGCAGCGUUGGCUCAGUCCUGCAGUUGAGGAGGAUGUUGGAGGAUUAGUUUUUGGCAAAUCAACAUGGAUAGAGGUCGAUGUUGGUAGUGGAGGUGGCACGGGCGACCAGAAGAUGAGGAGAGGUGAAGUGUUGAGCAAGGGAGAACACAAAUUGGCAAUCCACCCCCUGAACCGCCACCUUGGAGCGAUCGAGUUGCUAGGGUUUGGAAGUUUUAUCAGUUAUUGAAUUUUCCAUGUUUUUAUUUUUUCGUUAUGUUUUACAUUGCUCUGUUUUUUGAAGAUGUCUUUAAUUUUAG